AUGCAAUCUGAAUUUGAUGCUCUUAUUCGAAAUAAGACGUGGGAUUUAGUUCCUCGUCCUUGUGAUGCUAAUCUUAUUCGAUGUAUAUGGAGUUUUAGGCAUAAGAAAAAUUCUGAUGGCUCCUUUGAGCAUUAUAAGGCUCGUCUUGUAGGUGAUGGCAGGUUACAGGUUGCAGUAUCUCGUCAUCCUGAUGGCAUAUUUCUCAGUCAAAGCACUUAUGCCUCAGAGAUCGUUGAAUGUGUUGGCAUGACGUUUUGUAAACCACCAGCCACUCCUGUUUACACCAAGCAGAAACUCAGCACCUCAUCUGGCACUUCUUAUGAGGAUCCCUCCUUAUAUCGGAGUCUUGCAGGGGCCCUAUAG